AAGGAGGAGUCUCGGACGGGGACCCGGAAGUGACUCGCGUGCGAAGCAAGGUGCUUCUCUCAACUUUUCUCGUAUCUCUGCGGCGGUUCCACAGCGCCCGUCCGUCUCGAAAGGCGGGACGGGAAUCGCGGAGCGCUCGGAGGAGGCGUGUCCCUCGGCGGCCCCCGUAGCCCGGCCCGGAAGUGUUGCCAUGGAGCCGCUUGGCGGCCCCGGAAGCAGCUCAGCCGUUAGGAGUCGCGGAGGCGGCGGCGUGUCGUCCGGGGCUCCAGGAACGAGGUGUUUAAUCCAGAGUUUCCAGAGUUGCCCAGAUGGCGUUGCCUACAAUCCCUUCGUUUUGGAGCAACCGCAGCAGAGCCCUUGAGCAGCAGAUUGUGCACCACCGUGAGCAAGAAGCCCAUUUCCGGAAACUGUGGGAGCUGAACAGCCGCUAUUUUCAACAGUCUGGGGUCUACAGCUCAAAGCAGGCCCAGUGGAGUUCACGCCACUCCUACAAGCAAAGCAUGACCGCCUAUCACCGUGAGAAGCUUAAGGAAGAGAAGUGUCUCAGCCUGGAGCAGAGACGCAGGCAGCUCCAGAAGCUGCUCUUUGAGGAGCGUGAGAUGCUGGCAGCAGAGCUGCAGGAGCUGCAGCUGAACAAGGAUGCAGACCUGAGUGAAAAAAGGCGGAGACAUGACGAGCUGAAGUCAGCCAGAGAGGAGCGGAGAAAACAAAUUGCAGAGGAUUGUCUAUACGAGUGCUGGAAGAACAACAGCGCUAAGCUCCGAGAGGUUGGGUCCAAACUGCACAAGGAUCACGUGGUGGAGGCCUGGGGAGAUCAGCUGACUCAGAAGCAACAGCGAGAAACCACUGAGCGGGAAGAGAAGAUCCGUGCAGAAAACAAAUACGAGGCAGCCCGAAGCGAAGCCCUGGAGAGGAUGAAGGAGGAGGAGGAGAGGCGGAAGCAGGAAGAAAGGAAGCAGGCAGAGUUCCUGCGGCAGCAGAUGAAGGAGCUGCAGCUGCGGGAGGUGGAGGCCACAAAGCUGAAGAGGGAAGAGGAGAACCUGCUCAGGCAGCACUGGGAGCUGGAAGCCCUGGAGGCCAAGCGGAAGUGCCAGGAGCAGGAGAGGAAGAAGACUGAACUUGGGCGCUUUCUGAGGCACCAGUAUCAAGCCCAACUGAAGAGGCGAGCCCAGUGGAUCCAGGAGGAGCUGGAGAAGGACAGGCAGAUCCUCCUGGCGCUGAUGGAACAGGAGGACGAGGACCAGCGCCUGAAGUCUGCCCAGCGGGAGCAAGCGGUGGCUGUCGUGGCCUGGAUGAAGGAUGUCAUUGAGGAGCAGCUCCAGCUGGAAAAAGCACGGGAGGCAGAGCUGGAGACCGUCUUCAGGGAGGAAGCCAAGCAAGUGUGGGAGAAGCGAGAACAAGAGUGGGAGAAGGAGCGCAAGGCCCGGGACAGACUCAUGGCUGAGGUCCUGACGGAGAGGGAGCGCCAGAUCCAAGAGAGGAUGGAGAGGAACAGGCAGGCGCAGCAGGAAUCGGUGAAGUCCCGGGAGCUGCUGAUCCAGGAGCUUGAAGUGGCCAAGCAGCUGACGCACCGGGAGAAGGAAAAGGAGGCUGCGCUGAAAACUGAGCGCAGGCGGGAGUUGGAAGCGCAGCUCACAGAGCGGCAUCGGCAGGAGCAGGAGGAGCUGCAGUGCCAGUGGGAGGAAGCGGCUGAGACCAAGCAGCAGGAGCAGCGCAACGCGGAGCUGGAGCAACUGGCCGCCAGGCGCAUGAUGGAGCUCGGCUAUCGCAACAAGAGCUACCGCUAUCCCAAAGCAGCCUGGACCUAAAGAAGCGAGAGGGGGCUUGCUUUCCAGUUUCAGUAGAUUAAAAUCCUCAAUGUGGGAGCCGCUUCCUGGUUGCUUCCUGCUGGGGGUGCUGUGGGAGUAUUUGUAUAGAUUAAAAAGGAGAGAGGCUGGAGGGUUGCAGCCCCCCGCCCCCCCUCACACAGCAGCCCUCUCCUGCUGAAGGCUUUGGCCCUUCCUGGAGGGCAGGCACAGCUGUGGCUCUAAGAGGCUCUGCAGGUGGGGAUUGCUGAUCCUUCAAGGCACUUGAGGGAGAUAUGGGAUGGUGGUGGACAGACUCAGCCAGCAGGCAGCAGCUCAACCACACGCUGUCCUUGCAAGCAUUCACCUUCCCCAAACUUAGAUGUGGAAGCAGCAGCUACCUAUUAUUGCUGUUGGCAAAGCAGUGCAAGGAAGAAGAGGGUGGGCGGCUCCAAGCACUUCCCAUUCAGGCUCUGACAGGGAUGUCCAAAGGCUCAAUAAAGCUUUCUAACUCUCUUAUUGCAA